AUGAACUGGUCCCGCCCUGACGCGACUCUUUCCAAUACCGCCGAUGCUGCAUUCGCCUCUCCAUCAGGCGCCACCAGCUGGCCCGAUGAAUUCUCCCACGACCCAGGCUUUCUAGCCUCCCAGGAGGAACUACGAUGCAUGCUUUUCAAUCUCGCGCAGUCUGCAGCCCCGACCCGCACACCGAGCCCAGAUACACAAGAUCAAGACACACAAUUGCCCGACAGAGAGGAGACGCAAACGCGUCCUGUGCUAUCAAAUCUCCGUCGCAUUGAGUACUUGAAGAACUAUGUCGGGCAGGUGGCGCCAUGGCUCGAUAUGUUCGAUUCGCAAUGUACCUUUCGAGUGCAAAUCCCUGCGCUGGCCCAAUCGUUCCCCGCCCUAAUGAAUGCGAUCCUCGCGAUAUCCGCCCGACAAAUGGAGAGGAAGGAAGGGAUCCAAAACUCAUUUGACAGCCUGGAGCUUUACCAGGAAGCGAUUCGCCUGCUGAGCCCGCUGCUACAAAUGCGCGAUCCUAAAGUUGUAGCCGCCUGCGUACUGCUCUGCUGUCUUGAGAUGAUGUCUGCGCGGGCGCAGGAUUGGCAGCGUCAUUUGGAGGGGUGUGCGGCACUUUUUGAAGCCUUCGGAAUGAACGGGUUCAGCAGCGGCCUUCUACAAGCAGUGUUUUGGUGCUACGCACGGAUGGACCUAUGUGGUGCAUUGAUCUCUGAUGGGACACAAAGCACUCUUCUUCGACCUAGCAAAUGGCUCGCACCUGGAUAUCAUGAAGACAAUGCUGCGCAGCUCUUUGAGGCUGCACAGUCCCCGGACAUGCACGCCAACUACGCCGUAUACCUUUGCGCAAAAUCCUGCGAGCUGGUGGCUGAUCGUACUCAGUUUGUGGAGCUGGGCAUUCAUAAUGACUGCACCGGAGAGGCCUUCAAUCACCGCUGGCUGGGACUCUGGAAUGAUUUGCAACACUGGCUUGACAACAGACCACCGGAGCUAUUGCCAAUCCACACAACAACGACAAAACCAUUCCCCCAUAUUCUUUUCAUGCAAUGGGCGGCUAUAUCAUCGAACCAAUUAUACCACACGGCAUGCAUUUUGUUGCUCAACUUGAUGCCCAAAUCUAUCAAGCUGCAGCCAACACUUGCAAGGUCCGCACUGUGGCAUGCCAGGCGCAUUUGUGGGAUUUCGCUCGCCAAUCCGCACCAUGGAUGCUUGAACAACGCCAUCCAGCCGCUAUGGAUUGCAGGAAGGCUGUUCAGCCAUGUAUCUGAGCACGCGAUAAUAAUCGACCUGAUCCGUCAUAUUGAAGCUGAGACAGGGUGGGGCGCUUGCUGGCGCAUCCGCGACCUCGAACUCGCCUGGGGGUAUCAUGUCUCGCGUUCAGACCGGACUAUUGACAGAGACCCGUUUCCCGUAACAGGGUGA